AUGGAUACGGCACAAUCGUCUGUGCAACCUGACUUGUCAGGGGUGCCUGUAACUGCAUUGGAGUCGCUUAGAUUGCGACUUGCUCAGCUGACUCAUUCUUUAAAUUCGCUUCAAGCACAGAUUCAACAAGCAUCACUACCAUCAUGGCCAGCGUUACAAGGCCAACUCAAUGUAAUUUUAACACAACUGACCUCACUUUCAGCUACAGUAAGUGGGUAUGCCGAAACUCUGCAAAGGACAGUGGCUUAUCCUUUGCCUAAUUUCCCCACCAACACAGAAGCUGGGCUGCUUACAACAUUGCUAAGGAAAAAGAAUCUCCCGGAAGUAGACGACUGGAUAGCCGAAGGAAAGGAAAUAGGCGAGAAAACACGUGCCAAACAAGACGGUGAAUUCUGCUCGUGGGCUGCCAAAGUUGUUGAUGAAUGUCGUCAGGAUCACGAGUGGUCUGGAUUUCUCAGUCGUAAGGAUAUCGAGAACGGUCUUGAAGAUGAGGGUCUCAAUAGAAACAAAACGUCACCAACGGCUGGACCGUCUUGGACAAAUGACGAAACUAUCAUCUUCUUAUCACGAGGAGAAAUACCAGCCCGUUUUCAAAAAGUUGAUGAGUCAAUUGCAUCCUAA